UUAAUAAACAACUAGCGAAGCAAACCUUACAUCAUAGAAUAUAUAAACCACUUAUAUUAUGGUAAGUGCUACAAGUCACCAACCAUUAACCAAUUUCAUAUCUUCACAUUUUUAAUCCAUCAAUCAAAGACUAAAAAUCUUGUUUUUUCAUAGAACAAGAUUCAAACAUGUUUAAAUCCAAUAGUACUAGAAGAGGGUAUGAGAAAUUAGAUAAAGAAUUUGUUGGAAAUGGGAUUUCAAAUGAGGAGUUGAUGAGAAGCACAAGUGUGUCAUCAGGGCCAUCAAAUUCAAAGGCAAAAAUGGAUAUGGUUUCAAACUUUGGAGAUAUUAAUCUACAAAGAAACCCCACAAAGAAAUCAAGUAGUGAUCAAAAGGAGAAAAAUACUCACCCAAUUUUCAACUUUUUUGAUUUUCGGAGUAAGAAGAAAAAGGCAACAUCUAAGCCUGAAUUUGCAAGAUAUGUUGAGUAUAUGAAGGAAGGAGGCAUGUGGGAUUCUGAUUUGAAUAAGCCUGUAAUCUAUUACAAAUGAUAUGGCUUUGCUCACGUUUAGAACUCAAAUGUUAGUGCUAUUAAUUUCAUGUAAAAAUUAGAGUUUGAUCACUUUCAUAUCAAUUUUCAUAAAAGGAUGAGAUCAAAGUAUAAAUGAUUUUGUUCUUCAUCAUUGAUAGGUAUACAUGUAUGUUCGUCUGCCUGUUGAAUCCAAUUGGAUAUUAUGAAAUAAAUUUAUUUAUGUGCUUAA